AUGACGACUAAGCUCUCGUCCGUCAAUCAGGACGUCGACAGCGAGUCCUCUGUCGUUUCACAAAAGCCGGAAAAGCCGGAAAAGCCUCUCUGGAGACGAGUACUCUCGUAUCUCAUCGCGCAAUGGCUCAUAUUUGGCCUUGGAUUGGCAAUCUUGCUUGCAUGGGCCUUCCCCAAUGUCGGAAAGAAUGGAGGUGCCAUUCGUGCUGAGUAUACAGUCAAGUGGGGCGCGAUAGCUCUCAUCUUUCUUCUUACCGGCCUUUCUUUGUCAACCAAGGCGUUCCUCAAUCAGGCCCUGAACUGGCAUCUCCACCUCGUCACGCAGAUUAUUUCGUUCUUUGUAUUUUCGGCUGUCGUUUAUGGUGUUAUUUGGGCUAUAGUUGGUUCAGGAAAUACGCACCUCGAUAGAUCCGUACUGGGUGGGAUUAUUACCAUGGGGGUUCUCCCAACAACGCUUGCGAGUAAUGUUGCAAUGACCAGAAAUGCUGGAGGAAAUGUCGAAUCAGCUACAGCAGAAGUCGUUGUAGGGAAUGUAGUUGGCGUCUUUCUCACACCAUCCCUGCUCUCCCUCUAUCUCAAGCCCCUCGCAAAGCAUGGCUUUACUCAGCCGGAUGCGUCGGGUAAAGGUGGCUUGGUAGGGAUUUAUAUCCUCAUGGUCAAGCAACUUUCUGCAUGCCUCUUUGGACCAUUGAUUGUCGGUCAAAUCAUCCAAAAUUUGUCACCGACCAAGGUCAAAGAGAUUCAAGAAAGAUUCAAAUUUGCCAUCAUCAACCAAGUUUUAAUGUUGGUCCUGGUUUGGUCAACAUUUUGUGGCCAAUUUGCGACUGGGAUUUUUGACCGCGUGUCUCACGAUACUAUCAUACUGGUCGCAUUUCUCAACGUGGCUCUCUACCUAUUUAUGAGCCUCGUGUGCCUUUGGGGAGCGAGGCCACCUCUCCCAUCGCCAAAUAGCCCACUUCUACCGUGCAAUGGAGUAGAAGAAUCGAAGAGCAUGAAGAAAUUGCGGGGUUUCGUCAAGAAAUUGACAUUUGGGAAGAAAGAGACGGCGGCCAUUUGUUUCUGUGGUGCUGCCAAAGGUCUUGUGCUGGGUGCUCCACUCAUUUCCAUCAUGUAUUCGGCGUACGGCAAUGACGUCCAAGCAGCAGCAACUCUACCGAUUGCCCUCUACCAAGGUACACAGAUUGCAAUCGCUCAGAUUUCUGUUCGAGUUGUAAAGGCUUGGAUCUUACGAGGCGACGAGGAAGAGGAGGCAGAGGAUAAGGAACGCAACGAAUAA